AUGCCGCCUAGGAAGAGAGCAAACACCGCGAAGGCGAAAACCAAGCCUGCAGCUCCCAGCAAGACGAUCAAGCGGAAGUCAGAGCCGAAAGGCUCUGCACCGACCGUGGACCUCACACCGGACGACGUACAACCGUUCGAAGCCGGCCGGCUGCCGACAGAGAUCCUCUGCGAGAUCCUCAAGUGCUUCAACGAUAUGGACGACAAGCCGCCGAAAGCACUCUGCUGCUUCAUGCGAGUAUCUCGCCGUUUCCGGGACAUCGCGCUCGCUGCGCAUUCGCUCUGGGCUCAGCACGUUGGCGCGCCUACGUUCCUCGAUGAGAAGGGUGGUCCCGUGAUGCAUGAUCGUCAUGUCAAGAAGUUGAUUAUGUCGAUGGUCAAUCGAGCAGGACCUGCGCUUUUGGACUUGCGAGUUCGCAAAUGGUAUCAAGGACCGGCACAGUAUCAACAGCAGGCGAAGUUACUACCUACCUUACUCCCUCGAUCCCGAAGUGUCGCCACGGACCUGAACAGCUCUGCGUGGGGACUCAUCAUAUCUUUCUGGGAAUCCUUACAGUCAAUGGACCUCCAGCACCUCGAGGGUCUAUCCGUCACCGCUAGCUGGUUUAUACUCCCCCAUCACGGAUACGCAUCUCACUUCCCAUAUAACACAUCGCCGGGACCGUUCGACAAGUUGCAUCUGCCGGCUCUACGCGCUCUCGCCCUCAAACAUGUCCUUCCUCCUCGUGUAUUCCCCGAACUACGCGAGCUCUCUCUUCAUCUGGACCAUCACCUUCCAUCGUCGUCGAGGAUGUUCAUCGACUACGUCCGCGCUCAUCCUCAACUCACACAACUCACGCUGCACGACUGCCUUCGGGACGAUCAGGGGCCCGUCGACCCCAUCGAACUCCCACACCUCGAACGCCUCGAGGUGACGUGUAGACCGAAGCCUUGUGCCUUCUUCCUCCGUCAUGUGCAAUUCCCCCGGGCCACGGCUAUCAUAUGGCAGUACGAUAAGACGAAGUGGUACGGUAACGACGAGGAUUGGACUUUAGACGAGAUACUCAAGAUCAUGAACGAAUGCAUGGAGCCGGAUCCGGCACGCCCGUAUCGCGCUUUCCUGCGUCUCAGCAGAGGCAAGCAUAACCUUCCCGGAGACGGUCUCAACAACAAGACGUUAUCGCAAUCUGAAGAUGUUCACGUUGUCUUCGCUCUCUACCGCGUUACGAGCAGGGAUUUGACGCCGCGCACGUUUGAUUCGCUGAACGACCCAGAUCUGGUUUUGCGCGUGGAAACCGACUUUGAACAAGACGCGCUCGUGUCUGGCGAUGACUUCCUUCGCAUCGUUCAUCCUAGCCAUAUAUCCGCUUUGACAAUGUCUAUCCUCGAUAGUCAGACGAGCGCAUUCGUACACAAACACGCCUCAAAUAUCCUACGCUCUUUUUCAACCAUAACGGACUUCACAUGGCUCAACCUCACAACGCCCGGAAAACUCGCGGGAAUGAUCACAUCCGUCCUCGAUCCAUCAACAUCACCGCAUCUGAAAUCGAUGUGUAUCAAAGAGCUAGGACACGUUCAGACGCGACAGGGAUGGAGAGGCAAUGUGGCGGUGUCUGCGCUUUGCGAGGGGCUGAAGGCGAGGAGGAAGGUAGGGUGCGCGUUGAAAGGCGUGCCCGAGAUUGGCAAAUUGUGGGAGCUAGGGAAGAGCAAGUCUGAUAAGACGGUUCAUGAGCGCAAGGCGCCGAUUGAGCAGGGGAGCGAGCGUUGGGAGGAACUGUUGAGUGCGCUGGCUGAAGCUCAAGGAGCAACUUGA